AAGAAGAUACAACAACCAUCCAACAAAUUUGAACACAUAAUUCUCUUUCCCUCCUCUCCUCAUCUUUUCCUCUCCCCCUGUUUUCUUUCAUUUGCACCUCAUUGCCUAUCCUUCUCUCUGAGCCCCUGCGCGCACUUCCACACCCUCUCCUCCUUGUGAAUGGGGACAUCUAUUUCGAGUCCACUUUCCAAUGUGGAUAAUUGGGAUAAGAGGUUUGGGGCGUUUCUAUCAAGAUCAUUGAGCUUUGAAGGUGGAAAAGUGAGGAGAGCAUUGAGGUCAUUUAGUUUCAAUGGUCGAGAUUCAGAGCCCACCAUCCCCAAGACAUUUGGGGGAGGACCUCUUACCUCAAAAGAGAGGGUGUUGGGAACCUUUUUCUCGUUUAGGUCUCCUUCUACAAUUGAUCAAAACAAGGUUUCUAUAUCUGCAACACCUGAUAUUAGCCAUGGAAAUGUUGAACAACAACAACAGCUACCAACUAUUUUUGUGUCUCCUAGUAAACCAAGAAUGCAGGGUAUUAAUCGUCAACAACCGGAUAACACGCGAUAUAAGGCUGCUUUAAGGUUGCAGAAAGUGUAUAAAAGCUUCAGAACAAGAAGACAGUUAGCAGAUUGUGCUGUUCUAGUGGAGCAGAGAUGGUGGAAGGUGUUAGACUUAACAGAACUCAAGAGAAGUUCCAUAUCUUUCUUUGAAAUUGAGAAAUCAGAGAGUGCCAUUUCACGUUGGUCAAGAGCAAGAACACGUGCUGCCAAGGUUGGCAAGGGUUUGUCCAAAGAUGAGAAGGCUCGAAAACUCGCUCUUCAACAUUGGCUCGAGGCUAUUGAUCCCCGCCAUCGCUAUGGUCAUAACCUUCAAUUUUACUACGUCCAAUGGCUCCAAUGCGAGAGUAAACAGCCCUUCUUUUACUGGCUUGACAUAGGAGAAGGAAAAGAAGUAAAUUUUGCUAAAUGCCCUCGUUCAAAGCUCCAACAACAAUGCAUCAAGUAUCUUGAUCCGGGAGAACGAAUGGCUUAUGAGGUUACGGUUGAGGAUGGAAAAUUCUUUCACAGUCAAACUAGGCAAGUUCUAGACACAAGGCAAGGACCAGAAGAUACCAAGUGGAUCUUUGUUCUCAGCACUUCAAGGAAAUUGUACGUUGGUCAGAAGAGCAAAGGAACAUUUCAACAUUCAAGUUUCUUGGCUGGAGGAGCAACAUUGUCUGCAGGGCAGUUAGUGGUGGAAGACGGUAUCCUCAAGGCGGUUUGGCCUCACAGUGGGCAUUAUCUUCCAACUGAAGAAAAUUUUGAACAACUCAUGUCAUAUUUGGAGGAGCACAAAGUCGAUCUCAGUUCUGUCAUGAAAACUCCAUCGGAGGAAGUGGAGAUUGUCACGAACAACUCAUCACAAUCAGAUUUGGCUCGAGCCAUUGAAGAAGCAAACGCGACGAGCUCAGUUAAUCAAGGGUCGUUGUCUCGCAAGUUUGAGAUACCUUCCCUGCAGAUACCAUUGAAAGAGCAAGCCAUGGAGUUGUUUAAGAAAGGUCAGCUUUCUUGUCGUGGAUUCGUCAUGCCUAGUCCAUCAAGCGGGUACAACUCGGCAAGGGAAGAACUGGAUGAUGACGAUGAAGAUGAAGAAGUGUCUGAUGAGGAGAUUUCUGUAUCAAAAGAGAACCUGUUUGAAGACGAAGAUGAAGUUGAAUUCGAAGAAGCAAUCCCAAAUGAGAAGAUAAUUCAAAGGAUAAAUUCUCAUAAAGGAAUGCAAUCAUAUCAGUUGGCUAAACAGUUAAGUUCUAGAUGGACAACAGGAGCUGGACCUCGCAUUGGUUGCGUAAGAGAUUACCCUGAAGAGCUAAGAAAUUGGGUAUUAGAGGAAGUAUGUUUAUCACCAUGUACUAAAAUUUCAACUCCAAAAUCAUCAUCCAAACCAUAUGUGAGGACACCUUCCAACUUGUGCCAAAAACCAAUUCCACUUUCUCUUGAUCAAAACGCAUGUCGCGAGAUAACAACACUAUAAUCACGAGAAAUUCAUUCGAAAAUGUACACCCGAAAAGGGUAGAAGACCAAACGUAGAUGUCCACACCGACGGUGUUGUCGUGAAUGAGACAACACAUUGCAUAAAUAGCAAGACAGACAGCUAUAGAGUUCAUGGAUGAAUGCUUCAAAAUGAAUGAAAAUGGAAUGGUAACUUAUUGUUAUGAUGCAUAUUGGCUCUAAUAUUAUAUAUAUUGAUCAUUUGGAAUGGAAAUAUUUGUUUGUAUUUAUUUUUAUUUUUUUUGGUUUUUUGUUUUUACAAUCAUCUAAUAUAAUCUAAUAUGUCCAUUUGUCAUCAUGUUCAUCAAUGUCACAAGUUGCCAAUAUAUUGUGGAUCUUUGUUAUUGGAAGCAGAUUUUUCAUUCAAUUUUAUCUUUAGUAAAUAAUUGUUUUCAUUAUAAAUCAGUUUAUUGAUAAUGUACAUUUGAGAUUGUUUGAUUUUCUAAUGGGAUUGGAGGAGGAUUUAUAGAGGAUCAAACU